CAAAAAACUUGAGAAAAUGGCUGCAACUAGGUCUUCGUUUCGGAGCUCCAUCUUCAGAAUCGGAAGCUUGAUCUCACCCGAAGCUAGAAUCUCCUUCACAAACCCUACUUCCACUUUUUCAUCUCUUCUCCAGACAGGAAUCGAAGGUUCCACUCCGAGAAAUUUCCAUAGUCUCAUUGCUUCCACUGGCUUUGGUCGUUCUACACGCAUCUCUUCUCAAAGCAGUCAUGACUCUGUUUCCGUCUCUAUGUCAUACUCAACCUCCGUCCCAACGCGUUCACUCAGAAGAAGAAUCAGCAAAAGAAACAACCCAAAACCCGUUCUUAACGAAUCCAAAUUCCAAGAAACCAUUUCAACUCUCCCACCAAGAUUCACACCUGAAGACCUCGCCGACGCCAUAACCCUCCAAGAAGACCCAUUAGUAUGUUUCCACCUCUUCAACUGGGCCUCUCAGCAGCCAAGAUUCAAUCACGAGAACUGCACUUACCACAUCGCCAUCAGAAAACUCGGAGCUGCUAAAAUGUACAAAGAGAUGGAUGACGUCGUGAACCAAGUCCUCUCCGUUCGCCACGUAGGCAGCGAAAACCUUUACAACUCGAUCUUAUACUAUUUCACGAAAGCCGGGAAGCUGAUACGCGCGGUGAAUAUAUUCAGACACAUGACGACUAGCAAGAACUUGGAAAUUAGACCGACGAUUAGAGCGUAUCAUAUCUUGUUCAAGGCCUUGUUGGGUCAAGGCAACAACUCUUACACGAGCCAUAUGUAUAUGGAGACGAUACGGUCUUUGUUCAGACAAAUGGUGGAUAACGGGAUUGAACCAGAUGUGUUUGCUUUAAACUGUUUGGUUAAAGGUUAUGUGUUAUCGCUUCACGUUAAUGAUGCUCUUAGGAUAUUUCAUCAGAUGAGUGUGGUUUAUAAUUGUCAGCCGAAUUCGUUUACUUAUGAUUAUUUGAUACAUGGGCUGUGUGCGCAAGGGAGGACCAUUAAUGCUAGAGAGUUGCUUGAUGAGAUGAAAGGGAAAGGUUUUGUGCCUAAUGGGAAAUCUUAUAACUCGUUUGUUAAUGCACUUGCGCUUGGCGGUGAGAUUGAUGAUGCGGUUAAGUGUUUGUGGGAGAUGGUUGAGAGUGGAAGAGUGGUUGAUAUGAUUACGUAUAGAACACUUGUUGCUGAGAUUUGCAGGAAUGGGAAGAACGAUGAAGCGAAGAGGUUAUUGGAUAUGUUGAGAGAGAAAAGGCUUGUGGACAGAGAUUCUUAUGGGAAGCUUUUGAAUGUUCUUCACAAGGAUUUGUAGUUGUACAAAAUUGUGUUUCUAGUUUGUUGUAAUAUCGCAAAUUUUUGGUGAAAUUUUAUUUAUUUAUGCAAGUAAUGAACAAAGUGAAAACCCUUCGUUUGUAAUAUCAGAAACUACGUC